AUGGUUGACGGAGGAAAGAAUGAAGAACAAACACAGCUGGGGCAAGGACAUGAUCAAGCAAGUGGUUCAGUACUGCCUGAAGUUCCCGGCCACACUCACGAGGAAGGAACAGCCGAGCACCCUGUCGAUGUGGCUUCCGGCGUUGCAUCGGGGUUUAUCGGUGACCCGACUUUGGACAGGGAGAAUGGCCGGGAGCCGCCGAAGGCGAAUGCGGAGCAGACGAAGGUUAAAGAUGAGCUUAAGCGCUACAUGGAUGCCCUGUUGGCGAAAAGCCGGACUGUGACGCGAAUGAUUGAGCAGCUCAACGAGCCCUACAACCCCAAGCCGACCGAAGGAACAGUCAAGUUGGCUGAGGAGCUGAUGAGCAUCGCCACGCCCAUCUCGGGGGCGUACGAGCAGAUGGCCGGCCUGGUUUCCAAGCUGGAGAUGGAGGAUGUGGAUCAUGCUGGAAUCCAGAGGCGGGGCGAGGCUUUCAGACGGGCGGAUCAGGAUGAGGAGCCUGAGCAAGUCCCCGAGCCUAAGAAUCCUCGGCAGAGGCGCCGCAAGGGCAAGGGUACUUCAGAGACCGCCAAGCUUCUGGCUGGUGACGUCGGGCGUGGCUCUUCAACAGCUCGUGGUGCAAUUCGGAUGGCGAAGGCUGUCACGAAGGAUUUCGGUUUUGGGGCUUGCAACACGCUCAGGAAGCUGAGCAAGGGAUCAGAAACCAAGUCUGAAGAUGCUGUUCACAGGUGUCUGCAACAUUUGCGACUUGAUGUCCCCAUCAGCACCGUUUCUAUUCAUGGCGAUUCAGAAUUUCCUAUUCUGCGGGCAGGGGAUUUCGUGAAGUGUAUGGAUCGGUGUGGGUUUUGGGACAAGAUCUUUGGUACCCCGAACCUGGAAAGGGGUGAACAGAUGUGCUAUGAUUAUUGGUGCAAAUAUCGGAAGCUAUACCCAAACUUCGACCUCUUCAACACAAACCUGCCACUGAGCCGUUGCCUCCCGAUUUACAUACACGGAGAUGAGGGGCAGCAUUACAAAAAGGCGGCGGUCAUGGUCAUACAAUGGCAGAGCGUUUUUGGCCGGGGAACCAGCUUGAAUAACCCCAACAUCCAUGGCAACCUGUCGGAGAAAAAAUACUUUGUCAAUCAGCGGGGUAUUACUCUGGCGACCCGCUUCGUUUAUGCAGUGAUGCCGAAAGAACAUUAUGGCGAGGAUGGAGAGUCUCUUGAGGAUGUUUUCCAGCACAUUUGUUCGGAUCUACGAGAAGCAUACCUGUCGGGGGUCACGUUGGAGGACGGCUUCGAUAUAUCUCAGGAUGAUUGA